AUGCCGGAAUGCAUUCGUAGAAAACGAACCAGCGGACUCAACUCACUCAAGCAACUUGCUGAUCACUUGGACGAGUUUGAACCCAUAGCAUUCGAGAAGAUCAGCGUACCCGGUGGACUUUGGGUCUACAAUGACGGCGACAAGGAUAAUCACGGUUUACCUGUUCAUAGUAGCAUUUACGCGAACCUCAAGACAAACACUCCCAGGGAACUCAUGGCCUUCCCAAAUUAUCCGCAAUUCCAUGGGCCUCACAGUAUCACGACCCACGAAGGCGUAUUGAAUUAUUUAAGAAACUUCACCCAACAUUUCGACCUCCUGAAGUACAUCACGUUUGACACCCUUGUGGAACACGUAUCGCCUAUACUCGACCGAAGUAACGACGAAGAAAAAACUAAAUGGACCGUCACGACUAAAAACCUGAAUACCAACGAAAUCAGCAAGACUAUAUGCGACUCAGUCAUUGUGGCCACUGGGAAAAAUUCAAAACCAUAUAUUCCUGAAAUUAACAAUAUUGGAUCAUUCAAAGGGGAGGUCAGCCACGUUCAUACGUAUAGAAAACCAGAAAAAUACGCUGGAAAAACAGUUGUAUUGUUAGGUGCUGGUCCCUCGGGUAUCGACAUCGCUAUUGACUUAAGCGCUCAUGCGAAGAAAAUUUACUUGAGUCACAGGCACGCCGUGAUUGAGAGCCUCUUCCCGGCGAAUAUCGAGCAAGUUCCCGGAGUCAUAGCAGUCGAUGAGAACUACGUCGUACUGUCGAACGGUACCAAAUUGGUUGCGGACGUAUUCUUCUUUGCCACUGGUUACGCCUUUGAUUAUUCGUUUCUGGACUCGAGCUGCGGCCUGACGAUCCAACCCAAACGCGUAUUUCCUUUGUACAAGCAGCUCAUCAACGCCAAACAUCCAACUAUGGCUAUCGUUGGAGUGGCAAGUGUUAUCAGCCCCUUCUUAUUCCCAUAUUUCCAGGCGAAAUACUACGUGGCAUAUCUUCGAGGCAUAGUUAAGUUGCCCUCGAAAGCAGAAAGGAUCGAGGAAGCAAAUAUUUUGCCGCCUGGUGCUAAACGAGGCCAUUAUCACGAUAUUGAUAACAACCAGUGGAGUUACAUUAGAGAAUCAGCUACCCAAGCUGGCUUCGAGCCUCUGCCUGAUUAUUACGAAAAAGCAUACAAAAAGUGGGAAGAAUACCGACUCGCGCAUUUGUCAACUUUUAGAAACACCGACUUCAGUUUUAAUAGAAAUGGAGCAUUCAAUUUCCAAUAUCUUAAUAGUCAAAUUGCUUAG